AUGCAUGCACUUAUUGUCACAGGUCAAGGCCAGGUCUCGCUCUGUGAGCGCCCAUUACCUGAUCUACUGGAAGAUUACAUCCUGGUCAGAACCAAGGCCGUUGCUCUCAAUCCCACCGACUGGAAACAUGUCGACUUUGAAGAUUGUCAGGGGGCGGUGGUGGGCUGCGACUACGCCGGGAUCGUGGAGGCUGUUGGGUCCCGCGUCCGCAAACGCUGGAACAAGGGAGACCGGGUUGCCGGGUUUGUGCAUGGCUGCAAUCCCCUGCGUCCGUCUGGCGGUGCUUUCGCCGAGUAUAUCCUGGCCAAGGGCGACAUUCAGUUCCGGGUGCCUGGCGGGAUGAGCUUCGAGGCCGCGGCAACCCUCGGCGUCGGGCUCACCACCGUCGGGCAGCACCUGUAUCAGUCCCUGGAGCUGCCGGGGCCUCUAGAGGGACAUCCCGGUGGCAGCCAGGGCUCGAUCCUGAUCUACGGAGGGGCCACUGCCACGGGGUCCCUGCUGAUCCAAUGCGCCAAACUGUCGGGGAUGAAGGUGUUGACGACCUGCUCCGAGGGCCACCGUCCGCUCGUUUACAGGUGCGGCGCCGAUGUCAUCUGGGAUUACCAUGAGACCAAUGUCGGUCAGGAGAUCCGCCAACACACAGACGAUGCCCUCGAAUUGGUGUUGGAUACUGUUUCCAGUGGCCAGUCGGCGGCCAUCUGCGCCCAAGCCAUCGGAUCGGCGGGAGGCUGCUACAAUUCUCUCCUUGAUAUUCGCUGUCCACGCGCCGAUGUCGAGAGCCAGGCUCUCAUGGCGUAUGCCAUGAUUGGAGAACCGUAUCGUCUUGCAGGGAGACAGAUGCCUGGCACUGAGGCGGAUCUGGAGUUUGCCACCUCCUGGGCAGAGACGGUCGAUACCCUCCUCGAGACAGGCCGAAUCCACCCGCAUCCUAUCCAGGUGCGAGACGGUGGCCUUGGAGCCAUUCCAGAGGGGCUGCAGCGGUUGCGAGAGGGCCAGGUUCGCGGCUGCAAAUUGGUGUAUUGCGUAGAGUAA